CAAAGGCAGGAGCAGCUGUGCCCCUGACAGCCAGAGACAUCCCUCAGCUGAGAGAUACCAGCAAACAGCAGUCUUUUCGAGAGACAGAUUUCACCCAAGGAAGAUAACCAGACACACCUUGAUUUUUUAUUUCCUGCUUUUUUUAAGGGAUUGAUCAGCUACAAGAGACAGCUAAAGACAUUUUGUGACAGCUCCUACUUGAGCCAGAUAUAUAGAGAAGCCUGCAAAUGACAGCAAAAUUGAGGGACUCUCAAAUUCAGCCACCAGAGAGAUUUUCUUCGGCAGAGACAUCUAGACAUCCUUUGGCACACAGAGAGCCAUUUUCAUUCUACAGCUCCUGCCUGCCCUUCCCAGGAUCUGUCCCUCUCUCCCACACACUGUGACAGCGGCAUCUUGAGACCCUUAGUGAUUCCCCCACCCUCAUUUUCAUUUCUCAUACAAUCUGCCAUCACCAAAUCACCCAUCCACGUUUGUAUGUCUGAUACAAUUUGCACCCAUUGUCUGACAAUCCAUUUCCAAAUUGCCUGUAUGCCUUCGGCAUUACACACACUAGAAUGCUUAUAAAGGCAUAGUUUUGAUUUAACAAUCCAUCAUCAGUACACACAGUCAUGUAUAUAGUCUGAACAUACCAUAAAAACACAUAUAUUGCUAUGUAAAGAAACCGGUAUGCACAUAUGACAUUCGCAUUUAUUAUCAUAGAGGAGCACACAGGAACCAUACAUUACUGACACUUACACACCCUUCAGCCUUGUCUCAUUUUAUCAAGCUGCAUUGCACAAAGCCUAACAUGUGGCAAUACAUCACGUUCUGAGCAGUCCUGGCACCCCUGCUUAUGUGACAAUGACAGCUCGGCUAUUAACAGGGCCAUUGGAUCCCCAUCCAUGAGACAAUAGCCAGGGUGUCCAACACCUCUACACAAAUGGACAUCAAAGGUCACAAUUGGGCUGAGGACGACUCUGAUGGGGACAACGAAUGUGGGGAGUUCCUAUAUGGAGUUCAGGGUACGUGCUGUGCAGAUCUGUAUAGACAUCCCCAGUUGGAUGCAGAUAUUGAAGCUGUGAAGGAGAUAUACAGUGAGAGUGCUGUGUCUGUCAGAGAGUACGGGACCAUCGAUGAUGCUGAUAUCGACCUGCAUAUAAACAUAGGAUUUUUGGAUGAAGAGGUAGCCACUGCCUGGAAGGUUAUCCGCACAGAACCCAUAGUCCUUCGCUUACGCUUCUCCCUCUCACAGUACCUGGACGGUCCUGAACCCACCAUUGAUGUUUUUCAGCCGUCAAACAGAGAUGACUUUGGUCUUGGAAUUCAGUUGAAGAAGAUUCUUUCCCUCUUUUCCUCUCAUCAGUGGAGGUAUCUCAGCAAUGAGGUUUUGCGUUCCCAGCAAGAGAGGAGGCUCCGAUGGCUCAGAGUUAGCGGUAGCAUCAAAAGAUUCCGGGCUGGGCUUAGCAUUUUCUCCCCUGUACCCAAAUCUCCUAGUUUCCCUGGAGUUCAAGACUCUGGUGUACGGAGCAGCCUUACUGGGCCUGAUCUCCGAAGUGGCCUUGCUGGGGCAGAUCUCCGUGCCCCUCGUCUUAUGAACAGAUCUGUAUCUUGCACUCUAAGGAACCCCAAAACUGAGAUUUAUGGAUCUCAUAACCCUACAACCCAGGUCAGCGGGCACUGUAAAACAGUACCUACUCUGGAGUAUGGAUUUCUGGUGCAGAUAAUGAAGUAUGCAGAGCAGCGUCUCCCCACUCUAAACGAAUACUGUGUGGUGUGCGAUGAGCAGCAUGUCUUCCAGAAUGCAUCCAUGCUCAAGCCAGCAGUGUGUACACGGGAACUUUGUGUCUUCUCAUUCUACACUUUGGGAGUGAUGUCUGGGGCUGCUGAAGAAGUUGCAACUGGAGCGGAGGUAGUAGGCUUGCUCGUUGCCAUGUGUCGGGCUGCUCUGGAAUCACCUAGGAAAAGUAUUAUAUUUGAGCCGUAUCCAUCAGUAGUGGAUCCUAAUGACCCCAAAACACUGGCCUUUAACCCUAAGAAAAAGAACUAUGAACGUCUCCAGAAAGCCUUAGACAGUGUUAUGUCCAUUCGAGAAAUGACCCAGGGCUCUUAUCUGGAAAUCAAGAAACAGAUGGACAGACUUGACCCCUUGGCUCACCCCUUGCUGCAAUGGAUCAUUUCCAGUAACAGAUCUCACAUUGUUAAACUUCCCCUGAGCAGGCAGCUGAAGUUCAUGCACACCUCUCAUCAAUUUUUGCUGCUCAGUAGUCCCCCAGCCAAGGAGGCCCGAUUCCGGACAGCCAAGAAACUCUACGGAAGCACAUUCGCCUUUCACGGCUCUCAUAUUGAGAACUGGCACUCCAUUCUACGAAACGGACUGGUGAAUGCAUCGUACACUAAACUUCAGUUACAUGGAGCAGCAUAUGGCAAGGGCAUCUACCUGAGUCCCAUCUCCAGUAUUUCCUUUGGAUACUCAGGUAUGGGGAAGGGGCAACAUCGGAUGCCAUCCAAGGAUGAGUUGGUGCAAAGAUAUAAUCGGAUGAACACCAUCCCUCAGACUCGAUGCCUCCAGUCUCGUUUCCUGCAGAGUCGCAAUCUGAACUGCAUUGCACUAUGUGAAGUAAUCACAUCAAAGGAUCUUCAGAAACAUGGGAACAUUUGGGUUUGUCCAGUAUCUGACCAUGUCUGUACCCGCUUCUUUUUUGUGUAUGAAGAUGGCCAGGUGGGAGAUGCCAACAUUAACACUCAGGAUCCCAAAAUACAAAAGGAGAUCAUGCGUGUCAUUGGAACCCAGGUAUACAGCGGUUGAGGAUAGAAAAUCUUAGGAUAUUAUUCAGAUAUGAAGGGAAAUAUAUAUUCCAAGAGGAUGAAGUAACUCUGGAACCUUUACCCCCUUCACAUGCUGAAGAGAGAGGGUGCUCCUUGUAACAGGAGAGACCCCUCUGACAUAGAAGGGGUCUUAAAAUGAUGAAGCUCUCCAAGAGACAGUAAGACUUUGUUCUGUGCGGAGAUGAUGGAACAGUUACCUGAGAUAAAGUAUGUUGACUUUGCCCUGUGCCAAUCUUAACCCCAGCACUUUUCCAAUUUCAUGAACAUUUCUCAUUAGUUUAAGUAAAAAAUAUAUAAUAAAUUUGACAGCUUUGUUUGAAAUCGAUAUGAUUUAUUUAUUUUGAUUACUCAAUUUCUACAAGGAAUACAUGUUAAAAGGCAACAUCAGGAAAUCUCCAGAAGACCAAGUGGACAUAUCUGUUAAGACAAUAAUAUUACUGUUUUACAAUAAUCCUACAAUUUGUUCAUUUGUAAUGUAUACACUUUCAUAAAAGUAUAAGGUUAAGUAUCAGCAAAUAAUAAGUAUAUAAGAAAAUUUCCAAGCUGUGCUUUCAGACCAAUAAGCAAGUCUCUGUGAAGAAAUCUUUUUUAACAUUUGGAUUGUCACAAA